UUUGGUUUCAUUUUGUAGUUGGUAGUAGUUCGGCUUUGUUUUCUUUUCUGAAUAAAUGGCGUCAAGUUGGGCAUUUAAAACAACUGCUUCGCUUAUAAAGCCAACACGUGAAGCAUUGUUGGACUACUGUGCCUAUAUUCUGCUUGUUAUUGCAAUAAUUGGAACCACACGAAUUAUUAUUGGUCGCAGUGAACUACAACAGCUUUGCCCAAGAAAAACUUUUAUACAGAGCAAUACUUCACAACCAUUAACGCAUGAAUUCAAUAAAACUGGUGAUAUUGUAUUAACAAAACCCAAUCUUGAUAAGGAAACCCGACAGUUUGUACUACAAUCUAACCUAAAAGUUCAUCUGGUGAAAGACUUAAAAGUUGCAGAAGGUGAAGAUGACAUUUCUGUACACAAACAGAAGCAAGAUUUCAACUCAUCAGUUUUGUACUUCUGUUUAAAACACUACCAAGCAUAUUUGCCAUACUUUCUGCUGGCAGAAUCUGCUGUUUUACUUUUGAUUGGCAUUUUAUGGGUAAAGAUGCCCAGUGUCCAGCUAUUGAUCAAAGAGUUUGCCUCAAUUCUCCACGAAUGUAGACAAUCUACAUGGUAUGUGUCAGUUGCUGAUGUAUUGCAAUCAGAAUCCACUAUACCUGUCACUCAAUCACUAUUUACUUUGAUGAAAAGCGAUGCAGUGAAUAUGGAAAUGAUUUUGUUACUUGAAACCUUGUUUCGACCCAACAGUGCGUAUUUGAACAAAUCUCAAGCGAGAAGGUUAUAUGAAAGAGUUCAGAAGUUCUGUAUCGAGAAUGAAAACUCAGUUGUUCUACUAGACUCAUACAUCUCAAAGUCCAUUGUUCAGUUGAUUGCAUGGAUGUUGUUUUUCUUCAUUAACAUGGUCUUGUUUGUAAAGUUUGAGUUCUACUCAACUUGUGGCUGGUCAGAAGUUUGUGAACACGACACAUUUUUAAGGAUCAUAUGGUACAUGGCUCAGUUGUUGGUACUUGUAUACGGGAUAUUUAACUGCAGUGCUUUGAAGUGGAUCAAUGAUAAAGCUGUUUACAUUAACAGACCAAGAAGGAAUUUUUUAUGCUGUGAAGAUGACAAUGAUGAUUCUUCAUCUAAAAAGAGAAAAUUCGUAAAAUGCCGACCAUUCAAAGUGGGUCAGGAUCAAACUGUUGUACAUAACGACCUGGCAUUGCUUCUACACCUCGCUUCUUCAUCAAACCAUAAAACAAUCACAUACUUUACUAUAUUUCUAUUUGAUCAGUGGAAAGAAAAGUUUUCUCAGCCAGUUGAAGAUGUUCACAUUGAAUCCCCUGUCAAACAAAAGUUGGUGAAACAGUUUCCUGCGAGAAAAUCAAAUUCUUCGUCUCAUCCUCUGCUUACCAAGUCGUCGAGCUAUGGAAAAGUUUCAUUUUUUAUCGAGAGCCCACAGGAUGAGGCAACUGAUUCCCCAUCAUCAAGUUCAAAAACAUCUGGAGAUGUAUCAGAUCGUAUCUCAAGCACCUGAAAUAUUGCGAACAAAGUGGAAAACUUGGUAAACAGCCAUGAGAUGUAUGAAAUAGAACACUUGUGUUGUAGCUAUGAGGGAUAAAGAGGUUACAUAUAUUAAUAACAUUACAACUUUGUUAUAACUUUGAAAAUGAGAGCGAAGAUCAUAUUAUCUAAAGAACAGAGAGAGGGGAAACAACUGCAUGCAACUUGAUGUUACCUAUUUAUUUUGUGGCAGAAUAACUUAAGUAUUUAUAACAUGGCUCUUUUAUUAUUGUUGAGAUGUUAUAAUUGUGUUACAGUGGCACAUUAAACAGUGUCACUGCUUUUAUUAAAUAUCAUUUUUUUCCAAUGAAAAUAUGCAGUGUGUAUAAGCCAAGGCAGUGUUGUACUACAUACAUGUGUUUUUUACUGAUUUUUUAUAUAUAUAUCUCACUUUGAAAAUAAA